UAUGCGUUGAGGAGUGCGGCGCAUGCGCAGCUGCUGUCACUGCCCUUUCCCCGCGGCCUGGCUCCCGAGAAGACGACGGAGGUGGCAAAAUGGCGCUCACCAGUUUUUUGCCAGCUCCAACCCAGCUGUCUCAAGACCAGCUAGAGCUAGAAGAACGAGCAAGAGCUCAAAGAUCCAGGCAAACUGCUCUAGUCUCGUCACGAAGAGAACCUCCCCCAUAUGGUUACCGAAAGGGAUGGAUACCACGGGUCCUAGAGGAUUUUGGAGAUGGGGGUGCUUUCCCCGAAAUUCAUGUGGCACAAUAUCCAUUGGAUAUGGGUCGAAAGAAGAAAAUGUCCAAUGCUUUGGCUAUUCAGGUGGAUGCAGAAGGAAAAAUAAAGUACGAUGCAAUUGCCCGACAAGGACAAUCAAAGGACAAGGUUAUUUACAGCAAAUACACAGAUCUUGUGCCAAAAGAGGUCAUGAAUGUGGAUGAUCCUGAACUACAAAGACCGGAUGAGGAGGCAAUUAGAGAGGUAUUAUAUGCACUGAUAUGCCUAGUUGUCAGGUGGUCUAUUUUAUGUCUUGCGCAUGUGAUGAGGUACAUAUUGUGGUGCUUUUGUCUUCAGAUAACAGAGAAAACGAGAGCAGCCUUGGAGAAAUCAGUCUCCCAAAAAGUUGCAGCAGCCAUGCCAGUUCGAGCAGCUGACAAACUAGCUCCUGCACAGUACAUUCGGUACACACCAUCUCAGCAAGGCGUUGCAUUCAACUCUGGAGCAAAACAGAGAGUUAUUCGGAUGGUGGAAAUGCAGAAGGACCCUAUGGAGCCUCCAAGAUUCAAAAUUAACAAGAAGAUUCCACGUGGACCACCUUCUCCUCCAGCACCUGUAAUGCACUCUCCUAGUAGAAAGAUGACUGUGAAAGAGCAGCAAGAGUGGAAAAUUCCUCCGUGCAUUUCAAACUGGAAAAAUGCAAAGGGUUACACCAUUCCACUAGAUAAACGUCUGGCUGCAGAUGGCAGAGGACUGCAGACUGUGCAUAUUAAUGAAAACUUUGCCAAGCUUGCUGAAGCUCUCUAUAUAGCUGACAGAAAGGCUCGUGAGGCAGUAGAGAUGCGUGCCCAGGUGGAGAGGAAGAUGGCUCAGAAAGAAAAGGAGAAACAUGAGGAAAAGCUCCGAGAAAUGGCUCAGAAAGCCAGGGAGAGAAGAGCAGGGAUCAAAACCCAUGUUGAAAAAGAGGAUGGAGAAGCUAGAGAAAGAGAUGAAAUCAGACAUGACCGGCGCAAAGAGAGACAGCACGACAGAAAUCUUUCCAGGGCAGCCCCUGACAAAAGGUCAAAGCUGCAGAGAAAUGAGAACAGAGAUAUCAGUGAAGUUAUUGCCCUGGGGAUACCCAACCCCAGGCCGUCCAAUGAAAUCCAGUACGACCAGAGGCUGUUCAACCAGAGCAAGGGUAUGGACAGUGGCUUUGCUGGUGGAGAGGAUGAAAUUUAUAAUGUUUAUGACCAGCCUUGGAGAAGUGGCAAGGAUAUGGCCCAAAACAUCUACAGGCCCAGUAAAAAUGUGGAUAAGGACAUAUAUGGUGAUGAUCUAGAGGCUCGAAUAAAAACCAACAGGUUUGUUCCUGACAAAGAGUUUUCUAACACUGAUCGUAAUGCCAGAGGAAGGGGCAGAGAUGGACCAGUUCAAUUUGAGGAGGAUCCCUUUGGUUUGGACAAGUUUUUGGAAGAAGCUAAGCAACAUGGUGGAUCUAAACGGCCAUCAGAUAGCAGUCGCCCUAAAGAACAUGAGCAUGAGAGCAAAAAGAGGAGGAAGGACUGAAUGCCUUUGUUCCUUGAGAGGUAGAGAAAUGGACUACAUACAAGCUUGGACUUCACUCAAAAGGCAUUCUUAAUCAGAGGUUUAUAGGGGAAUGGUGUUGCAACCCCCAGUUCACAACCCUUCUUGUUGUGGAUGUAUAUACACACAUUAAUUCUCUACGUAGGACAGCUACCCCUUGGGAAUGGAGGCAUGGAGACCACUCUGAAACAUUUCACAGGGGAAUUAUGCUUUGGGAAGUGUUCUGACUUUACCGAUUCCCUGUUACCCAGCAUCUCAGGGUAAGAAUGUAGCCCCUUCCUACAGCUUUAGUUUUUAUAGGUAGCUAAAGCUUUUACUUCAUCUGUAUAUAAUUACUGUCUUAUGCUGUAAUGGAUGGUAGGCAGUUUAUGAUUUAGUGUUUCUCUAGUGCGAUGAUACAGUUUAUUUGAACAAGGAGGGGAAACAGCUGGAUUCUGUUUUAAAACAAAUAUUCAUAGUUUCUCACUAAUCUUUAUUUUAGUUUCUUUACAUUUAGUGAAAUAAAGCCUCCUUCCACUGCUUCAGUCA